GUCUGUCUUCCCACUCCCACAGCGUGAGACAGGAGGGCUGUGGGUGCGCGUCUGCUUGUGCGUGACAGAGGACUGUGAAGUGGACUGUGGCCCGUGCUCUGGAGUGGCCAUGUAGGGAAAGGAUGGGGGAAGAGAAGCGGAUCACCGAGAGAGUUUCUCCGCUCAAGAACUUCGUGGCUGGAGGAGUCGGUGGAGCGUGUCUGCUGCUGGCCGGACACCCACUGGACACCAUCAAGGUAAGGUUACAGACGCAGCCCAAAGCCUCCUGUGCCCAGUAUGUGCUCUACACUGGAACAUAUGACUGCUUCCGCAAGACUGUAUCCAAAGAGGGUGUCCUUGGCCUGUACAAAGGUAUGGGUGCCCCCCUGGCAGGUGUCGCUCCCAUGAUGGCCAUCAGUUUCUUCGGCUUCGGUCUGGGGAAGCAGCUCCAGCAGACUGACCCCAGCAAACCCCUGACGCACACACAGAUAUUCUUGUCAGGCUGUUUGGCCGGGGUUUUCACUACAGUGAUAGUGGCUCCAGGAGAAAGGAUCAAAUGCUUACUGCAGGUCCAGGCCAGCAGUGGGCAGUCCAAAUAUGCAGGUCCACUAGACUGCGCUGUCAGGCUUUAUAAGGAGCAAGGGAUCCGUAGUGUCUACAAAGGGACGGUGCUUACACUCAUUAGAGAUGUGCCUUCUAAUGGUUUGUACUUCUUAACUUAUGAAUACCUCAAAAACUUCUUGACACCUGAGGGUCAAAGUGUUUCACAGCUCAGCACACCAAAGAUUCUUCUCGCCGGUGGCAUCGCUGGGAUCUUGAAUUGGACGAUUGCUCUUCCCCCAGAUGUCCUCAAAUCCAACUUCCAGACAGCUGCAGAUGGAAAGUACAGAGGUCUGGUUGAUGUCCUGAGAACGCUGUUGAGAGAGGAGGGACCAACAGCACUAUACAAAGGAUUCAAUGCUGUGUUUCUGCGAGCCUUUCCUGCCAAUGCUGCCUGUUUCUUGGGGUUUGAGUUUGCAUUAAAAGGAUUAAACAUGGUUGCACCCAGUUGGUGAAUUACCUUUUUUUUCUCCAGUCUGGUUGCCUCUCAUGGAAAGCUCUGCUGUGAGUUACUACUGAGUCUCUCUGGACCUCAAACUGUGUUUUAAGUGCCUUGUGUCUCUGGAGUUUCAAUUCAGGAUAGUGAAAUGUGACUAAUUAUUCUUAAACUGAGUUUUCUUUUAAAUGUAACUUUAUUCAGAUUAAGAUUUUCUGCUCACUUUUUUGAGCAAUGGUAUAAUUUCUUUCUUUUCUUUUUUUUUUUUUUUUUUUUCCUUUUUUUUCUUUGUAAAUGUAUGGUUUUAAAUAGAGUGUUGUUAGUAUCAGAUCUAAACCUCAUUUUUAAAGGUUUACAUUUUUUUUGUAAAAGAGUAUGUUAAAAUUGAAGUAUUUAUAAUAAUGAAAUCCUGAACUCUGCUAAGAGUAAGUGUUAAUUAUU